CACAUUUCCCAGAUGUCCUUUUAAACACCUUUUUUUUUAAUUGGCCCCCAGUGUAAAAGUCCCUACCCCACCCUCUCACCUGUUUACCAGGCAGCCAAUCACAGUGCUUCUCUGGCGCUCACUGACACAGCCAGGCUUCUUGUUUACAGGUGCUUGUCACCUGGGAGUGCUGACACAUCUGAUGCUGGGAGAGUGGUUGGACAGCACUGAGGUGAGGAGGCAGACCUCAGGUGAGGUGCGCUCAUCCCAAAACCACAAAACAGGAAUAUGUAAGGACACCUGCGGGAGGGGAAGCACUGUGGUUUACGGUUAGGAGGGGAUGGGAUGAGUGGGUGAAUGUUUUUCAAGAUAAAAAGUCCAAUUAGGAACCUAGAAAUCUGGAUCUAACUGUUUUUAUGACUUCUUGGAGAGCGGGUUCUGAUAGAUUGUACCCGGCACGCUCAGUGGGGAACGAAUAGGAAACAAGACAGGGACCCGGAGCUGUGUUCACAGAGAAGACUGCUAAUUACCCCCUGCUCUCUCAGAAUUUUUAAUCAUGAUGUCUCCGGACGACCAAGCCCUCGAGGACCUGCUGUACGGCAGUGACCUGGGUGACAAGGCGGAGGUGGUGGAGCUGGCCAGUGGCCCCACAGUGGCGGAGGAAAAUGCUGCUUUGGAAAAUGUUCCAACAACCGUGUCCUUUCAAGAGCCAAUCGUAUGUGCUGGAUGUGGCGAGCAGGUGUGCGAUCGCUUCUUCCUAUUGGCUGCAGGGAGGGUAUGGCACAGCAUCUGCCUGCGCUGCAGCCACUGUCACUGCGAGCUGCAGACUCACCCUUCCCUCUACUGGAGAGAUGGAAACAUCUACUGCCAGCAGGACUACAGCAGGAUUUUUGGAGGCGGCCAAUGUGCUCGCUGCCUCCAGCCAAUCCCACCCACAGAUUUGGUCAUGAGGUCUGGUGACCUGACUUUUCAUCCCCACUGCUUCUCCUGUCAGGAAUGCGAUCUAAAAUUAAUGCCAGGGAACCUCUACUGCAUGAAGGGCCCCAACCUGUAUUGUCAGUCACAUUAUCACGGCGAUGGAGGCAAUCUGCCGAUGCAAGACUCCUCACAAUCACAGCUGAAAGAAGUCUGUCUAACACCAGACACAGGUCAAAACCAGGUGUCAGGUGAAGGGGAGGAGUCUGUCAGCAGUCCAGAGCCGCGAGUGGACGACAGAGACGCAGGUGGCCGGGUGCGCAGGCGGACCAAGCGAAUCAGGACGUGCUUCCGCAGCGAGCAGCUCAGAGCACUCGAGUCAUAUUUUGCCCAGAAGCACAACCCUGACGGCAAAGACUGGACCUGCCUCGCUCAUAAGACUGGCCUGCCCAAGAGAGUCCUGCAGGUGUGGUUUCAAAACGCUCGGGCCAAACUGAGACGCUCCCUCAACUCUGAAGACUCCCAGGCGAACUCCCCCUCUGGUCCCCCAGGAGCUGUUGCCAUGGCAGCCACCCCCUCGUCACUUACCUGCCCUGCGCUGGACCAAUCCCAACAUUUCCCCACCAGCACCAUUGACCAGCUGCAGCUCUCCUUGCUCACCGGUCCAGUGGUUGAACCGUCCGUCAGCCCAAUCCUCAAUCAGUCGUGCCAGAUGUCGCAAAACCUCAACUUUUUUCUGGACUACGAUCCCCAGAGUGCAUUUGGUUGUGGCCCCUCUCUCGAGCCCCAUCAGGAGCUGGAGGAUUCAGAGGGAAGAGUAGAGAGAGAAGAUGCUGAGACUUUCAGACCAACUUACAGCUAACUGAUGGUUCUGCAGGGACAGCUGAAGAUUUUUUUAUUUUUUUUGUCGACCAUAGAUAACUGAUAGAUAUCUUUAUUUAGCCCUAACUUAACACAGCUUAAUAGUUCCAGAUACAAGAACAAAGCAAAGUGUGGUUGACGUUCCAGAAAUUCAUCUCAAAAAUGGUUUUGAGAAGUUUGAUUACUUUAUGUAUCACAGAGAUGUUAGCAGAAUUUAGUUGACUGAGUGAAUAAAUUGCAGUUUCCUUCCAUUUCUUCAA